AUCUAGUUCUCUCUUCUUAUUCUUUUUUUGGUUCCAGCAGUUGUUGAGCUUCGUUCUUGAUUAAGAUAUAUCUUUAGUUUCAGUGAAGACUUGAAGAUAGCUAAGAAAGGGACAAAGGAAGAAGUCAUUAGUUUCACUUUUGUGUUUCAGUGUUAUAAACUAGCUUUUAUCAAUGGAGUUAGGAUCUUCAAUUGGGUCGUGCUUCAAGUCGGCCAACCCUCCUGUACUAAUCUCUAAGAACACCAAUCUCACGUUGACAAGGAGAAGUCAAAGAUUCUCAUUCAGAGUCUCUGCUGUUUCAUAUAAAGAAUUCGCUGAGUCUGCUCUGGAAGAAACCAGGAAGAGGGUCGUUCUUGAGCCUUCCCCUCUCCAGGAAAGGUAUAGUAGCAUGAGAGGACUUGAUGGCAAAACCCAACUUCAAAUGCUUGCUUUCAAGUCUCCAAAGAUUAGACUCUUGCGGAGCAUGGCCAUCGAGAACGAGACAAUGCAGGUUUUCGACUUUGCUGGUUUCAUGGAGCCUGAGUAUGAUACACCUAUAUUCUGUGCCAACUUCUUCACAUCUGCCAACACCAACAUCGUGGUGCUGGACUUAAAUCCCUUGCAUCAGUUGACUGAUCAGACAGAUUACCAAGACAAGUAUUACAAAAACAUAAUGUCCAUAUACCACAAAUACGAUGAGAUUUUCCCAUGGGGAGGAAAGCUGACUGGUGAGUCCAUAAAGUUCUUUUCACCUUUGGUGAUGUGGACUAGAUUCUCGUCUAGCCAAGAAAAACAUAAGGCUUUGUUCUCUGCGUUCCUUGAAUACUAUCAGGCAUGGCUUGAGAUGACAAUCCAAGUGAAGGAAGAGAUAGAGCCAUCUCAGGUGAAAGCCAAUCGUGAAGCACAACACAAGUACCUGACAUGGCGAGCACAGAAGGAUCCUGGACAUGCUCUUCUUAGAAAACUAAUUGGUGAAGCAAAGGCAAAGGAGUUGCUGAGAGAUUUUCUGUUCAAUGGGGUGAAUGAGAUGGGCACAAAAACAUUCAUUGAUUACUUUCCAGAGUACCAAACAGAAGAUGGAGCUGUGAGUGACAAACGAAGCAUCAUUGGGAAGUCUUUUGAAACUCGGCCAUGGGAUUCAAAUGGACUAUUCAUCGGUUAACACAUUCUCUAAGCUUUAAUCCAUGUGUUCAUGUGAACAACAAGUUCAGAUUCAGUUUGUGACAUCAACAGAACAUAGGGAAUUGGAAUAAGAACAAGCAUCAUGAAGAGUCUCUCAGCUCUGUGUUUAAUAUUUUUAUACAGCAUCUCAGGAUGAUUGUUUAGAGUUUACCACCAUUGGUUAGUGUGUUGUUACCCAUUGUUUAUCCUCUGUUGGUACAUUACAUGUUGUCAAACAAGAGUAAUUCAG